UGGGUCUCUGAGCUCAGAUUACCACCGACAAAAGAUUUGACUGCACUGCCUUUGUGCACUUUCUUUGGCUUAACGUUUCUCAUAGUUUCUAUUCUACGGAACCCUUUUAGUCAAUACCAGCCUGAAAGCUUUCAGAAAGGGAAAGUAAAGAGCCAUGUUUUAGAUAAAUGAAAGCAACAAAUUUCACAUUACCUGAGCUGCUGUCCAAAGUCGUCUGUUGUGCGGCUCACCGACGAUAAUGGAUAAGUCCAGCGAAAACCCAGAAGAGGACAGCGUGUCCCUCCAGAGCAACAGAAAGGUGCAGGCAAACGGAGUGGUGAAAGAGGCUCUGGGAGUGCUCCAAACAUUCAGACAGAGCAUUAGGCGGCCUGCAGACAAGAGUUCACCCAAGAUCAAGGAUUCAAAGGUCACAUCCAGCACACAGGCAGAAAAUAUGUCUGAGUCGGCCUUGUCUCCACCACCAAUCUCACCCAGUCUUAGUGCUGGCUCUCCAGCCACGUCACCGAAGAAGACCAUCGGUGGCUACUUUCAAAAAGCAGAAGAAGAUCAGCCAGACUUCACAUUACACAAACACAAGUCUCUAACUCGCUCAAAGACAGAUCCCAACAUGUCUAGUCUGGGGGGCUCCAUUUUGAAGAAAGGAGCCUCCCUUCGUAGAAGUCUAAGAUUUAAAAAGGACAGUAAUAAGGCAGCCAAGCAGGAAUCUCCCAUCUCUGAUGUCUUGACCGAAAGGACGGGGGAGAACGAAACGGAGGAGGAGCAGGUGUUGGACGAGAUUGAGGAGUCGUACUCACUACCUGAAAUACCUCAAACACCAUUGUCAGUUAUGCAGAUCAACAAGCUGAUAGAGAUGGAGGUGCUGGAGGAGGCUCAUCUGAACCUGCUUGCCAUGCGACUGGAGCUUCAGAAGGAGCAAGAGCAAUUUCCUGAUGACGCUCCUGUGGAACUGGCAAAGAAAGAAAAAGACCUGAUCCUCCUCUAUACAGACCUUAGGAAAAAGAUUUGCACCAUAGUCUGUGAUUCCAACUCUUUUCCUGCCAGGAACAAAGCACUGCUGGUCCAUGUGGCUCGUAUCAUCCAGGAGGAGGAGAAAAGGGCCGAGGAACGAGGAGGGCUGCCAGACAGCUGGAUGGAGGCCUGGAAGGAGGCGGUGUCUGAAGGUGUGCAGGUCAAGGUGAACAGUGUUCAUCUGGAGAAGAAGGAGCAGAAUCCGUCCUGGUUGGCGGUUCAUCUUGGACUCCUGGGAAAAACCAUUGUCCAGGAUUUGGAGAAUGUAAAUCGGGAUCUGAGAUGGUCCUACCCACCCAGCUUUAAGGUCUUUAGCAACUACGUGAAGAGCUACCACAGAAUUGUCGGGCUUCACUUGAGGAAGCUGGAGCCACAGGUGACUGAGAUGAAGGAUCUGUACGCUCUCCUGGACUGGAUUCUUAACAAAUACAAGAGUGAGAAGAUCAUGGGAAGUUUCUCCUUGCAGCCAGACAUGGCACAGGAAAGUGCUGAUCUGCAGCUAGAGGAAGGUUUCCUUGAGCAGCUUUUUGAGAAGUACUGCUUCAGAUCAAAGGAGGACAUCAGUGCUGCACUGGACAGAGUGAUCGAACUUGAAUAUGAGAGUGUUUGGAAAGACAGAGUGGAGCCCCAGCAGGAAGACAACUUUCUUCAAUCUCCUUUUCCCAUGGACAUCUGGACCAAAGUCCAGGCAAAUGUGGUCCACUCCCGAAAACUGGACCCUGAACUGGUACAGAAAGUGAUCGCUUCAUGCCUUGAGGAGCUGAAAACCUUCCCUGAGAGGUUUGAAACCCUGUUCAGGCAUCACUGCAGCGCCCUCCAGCCACAGCCUCUGUGGACAGAGUAUCACAUAACCUACAUUAACAGCUUUGCUGCAUUACAGCAAUACAUGGAAGGAUACCAGGACAGGUGUCCAAAGGAGGUGGAAGGGUUCAAACGAGAAGUGAAAGAUCUGAUUCUCAGGCUAAUGCAGAGUCUGGAGGAACAGUAUAAAGAGGAUGUCAAGCCUUUCCUCAGGAGGAUGAUGACAAGGAAGUGGCUCACCAAUGAUGAUGACUUCAAUAGCCUCUACAAGCGGACGGAGCUGCUUUCCCAGCACUGUGACCUCAUGAGGCCUCCAUAUGUCCAGGAGUUUGCCAGCCACUUGCAUCACCAUGUGGUGAAGGAAUACAUUGGCCAGCUAAUGAAGAAUAACUACACAUGCAAGAACCGGAAGCACGAAAAGGCCGCUAACAAGAUGCAUCAACAGUGGAACCGGCUCAGUGAUCUGUUUGAUGACAUGAAAUCAUCUCAUGAGUGGCUCCACCAUGUAGGGGAGGAUCUGAGCAACAUUAUCAAAGAAACUAAUAAGACAGAUAUCAAGAAACAUCUGCAGCCUCUAGUGGAACAUUACCCAGAUUUCAGCAGGAAACAUCUGGUUGCUGUUCUUUACUUCAGGGGUCUUAAGAAGGGUCGCGAGUACAACCUAAUCCUCCAGAAACUCACCACACUUAAAAAGGAAGUGGACAGCUCCAGCAUUAACAGAAGCCAAGUUUUAUUUGGGGACAUGCAAGUGACAGCCAACACUGACUGCUUGCCAAGCCUGCCUUUGGUCUGUGUCAACUUCCUGCAGCCAAACAGCUAAAGCAGAACUGCAGACGAUAUGUUGUCAGCGUGCUCAGCGUGUGGACCAGUCGCAGGAAACGUCAUGUUGCACUUUUCUCACGUCUUGUGAUUUUGGAUCAGUACUGUCUGACUUUAUUGUGACUCUUGUUUGUAUAUAGCCAACAGAAAUAAUGUGUUGUUCCUCUGCUCCACAGAGCUCAGUCAAUGUUUAGUGACUAUCAUGUAAGCAGUUGCAUUCAGCACCAUAGUUUAGGAUCAUACUGCAAGGAGUAUGAGAAGCCAUUCAGUUAAAAUAAAAAUAAGAUGAAAAGGUUAAAAGUCUACGCAACAAAACAAACGUGUUGAAAAUUGCAACACAGGCAGUUCAAUAGAACACACACUAAGAAUGAAACAAUAUUAAUUAAAAGUUAUCACAAAGAUAUAUGAGAAUAUAAUAGACUUCCUCCAGUAGAAAAAAGAUCCAGUUUUUGGUCAUUGUUGUCCUAUAGUCCAGUAAUGGAUAACUGCCUUCACUCUACCUGUAUGUAUAUUACUAUAAUGAUGUAUUGUUGUUGUUGUUUUACAUAUUUUUGUCCUGAUUUUUGCCAGUGUGCAAUGGUAGUGCUUUGAUCUUUUGUAACUUCUGUGAAAAUGAUGGCUUUAACAAAAGGAUGUAAAGACGCAAGUUCUAAGGAACUCUUCCAGGACUGCUGAACUUUGAUUAUUAGUAACUGUGAACUUAGAAAACUCAAAGCUGAAAGCAAAUCAAAAGGAGCCUGUAUAAACUGCAAACUGGCUUAAAUCGCAGGCAACCAGACUUUCGCUCAUUUUUUAAAAAAAUGUUUUGACACCUAUCCAGGAGUCAUCAGGUGGCUCACACUUGAGCAACCUGCAGUUGGAUUGCUGCUGAUUUUAAGGACAUGGGAAUCCUAGACGCAUUCUCAGUCAGAUGCAAAUCAAUGACCCAAUGCAGAUAUUGAUCUGUGUGUGUAAGCUUCAGGUAAAUCGAAAGGUCUUUGAUGUACAGUUUAAGCUUAAUGGUUUGGACACACUUGUGGCACAACUUCUUCGUAUGAGGUUUGGUUGCAUCUCUAGUUCAAGCUAGAAGAAGUUUGGAAUAGAUUUAUCAUCGCCUCAAAUCUUUAGGUGUCAGAAUGUGAACUGGGACGUGUAUAUUUUUGAACGUCCCUGUAACAGCUUUGAGUAUUAACAAUACCUCAGGUAAAUUUAUAGGUAAAAUCUAAAAUGAAGUUAGCGGCUGAGGUACCACAGUGUUGGUGUCUGGCAUGUUUUUUUUUACCUCUGAAAGGACCAAAACGAAUGUUUUUCAUUGUCGAAAUGUUGUUAUUUAAA